UGUCGGGCAGGCGGGUGUGUAGGCGUGGGCGGUGAUGGUGGUGGAGGGUGAGGACCAGCACGAGCAGCAGCAGCGAGAGCAACCAUGGGGUGCACGCCCAGUCUUCACGUCUCACCCACCGGUGUUAUUUACUGUCGGGAUAAUGACGACUCACCGUUACACACCCCGGGGGCCGCCAACCACCAGCCGGUCCCCACCCAGCCCCCUCCGCUCACUCACAACCAGCACCAGGGUCCUUCAGGGUUGAACCAGCACGGCUACUCUAGAACAGUCAGUACGCAUGCGUGGGGCUCUUCUCACCCCACACAGACAGAUUCUGACCACUUGAGAUUAGGUCCUAUGAAGGUUAUGAGGAAGCAGUUUAAGGUUGGUUCAGUUUGCUUAUUAUUAUUAUUUUUUUCUUUCUCUUACAGUUGCUCUUGUUAA